ACCACUACAAACAACCCCACAUCUUUUUCCACUCUCUUUCUCUCAAACUUAAUUCAACUUUUCCCAUCAAUAUUUUCUCUCUCUUUCUCUAACAAAAUCAUGAAUGAUCAAGAACUACUCACAGUCAGAGAAAUCAAACCCAAAAACAGAAGAAUCAUGGGAGGAGGAGGUCCUGAAGAUCAUGAGGAAGAUGAAGAUGGUGAAAAUAUAAAGUGGCCAACAUGGGUGCGUCCUCUUCUCCAAACGAGCUUCUUUGUUCAAUGUAAACUUCACGCUGAUGCCCACAAGAGUGAAUGCAACAUGUAUUGCUUGGACUGUAUGAAUGGUGCUCUUUGUUCUCUUUGUCUGGCAUUUCAUAAAGACCACAGGGCAAUUCAGAUAAGGAGAUCAUCAUACCAUGAUGUGAUAAGAGUAGCUGAGAUUCAGAAAUACAUGGAUAUAACAGGAGUUCAAACAUACAUAAUCAACAGUGCCAGAAUCGUAUUCUUAAACGAGAGGCCUCAGCCAAGGCCUGGUAAAGGCGUCACCAAUACCUGUCAAGUUUGUGACCGCAGCCUCCUUGAUUCCUUCUCUUUCUGCUCUCUCGGUUGCAAGAUUGCUGGGUCAUCAAAGAAUUUUCAGAAAAGAAAAAUGUGCAAUGAAAUCAAUGGCUUGGAUGCCAUUAGCCAUGGAAAUGCAAAGACGAAAAUACAAAGUUUCACACCAUCAACGCCACCACCAACCGCCAUUAGUUUCAGAGCAGCCAAGAGAAGAAAGGGGAUUCCACAUAGAGCUCCAUUGGGAGGUCUUAUCAUACAAUACUGAGAAAUACUUGGUCAAUCUCUCAACAAUACACCCAGAAACAUGGUAAAUUCUAGAAUUCUGGCAGCGUUUUACAUAUUCUGUCAAAAAAAAAAAAAAAUGUUACUUUAUGUUGAUAACAUUAUUGGUCGGUCGAUAAUAUUCAUUAGAGUGACUUAAUCUGAUGAUUAUUGUUGAUUAUUCUGAUAAUGUUAUUGUAUCAGUAGCCUAUAUGACCUAGUCUUUUCGGCAUCAGAGCUUUUGUCAGUGUAAGCCGGUGUUGGAAACUAAACUAAAGUUAUGUGUUGUAUAUAGAUGAAAAGGAAGAGUAAUAAAAAUGGUAAGAUAUGUAUCCAAACGAAAAAGGAAAAAUAAAAAGAUAUGAAGAUGAUGGGUUGUAAAAA